AUGCGAUUCAAGUCCUCAUCUCUGAGAUACGAUCCUUUCUUGCGAGAACUCUUGGAGCAUCAGUAUACUUGCGCGCUAGGCUGGGUCAACUACUUUGACCUCACGAACAUCGAAAAUCGCAUUCGCGGCGGCGAAGACAGAUCAUGGCAACUAAACGGCGAAUACGCCCCAGGGAAACUAUUUUCGGUCACCGAUGUCGCGUUUGCUCUGGCGCGGAGGAGCACCAGCGUCAUCCAGGACGAAGCGCUGUGCUUAGGCAGCCUUCUAGGAGCUGAUAUGGGCAGCAUCGCCAAAGCAUCGCGUGAGGACCGCAUGAAGACCCUGUUGACGCAUCUGCCUUCCAUUCCCCAAGGGCUAUUGUUCUGGAAUGGCCCGAAGAUGGAAGAUCCUGGAUUUAGGUGGGCCCCAAGGUCUUUUAUGGGCAUUAAUAACCCUGACUACAUUGCCACUUUUGAUGACCGGGAUGCCAAAAUCACGCCGCGGGGUCUGAUGAUUAAGGCACCAGGCCUGAUCUUGGAUAAUCUUCCAUCCCAGCUCAAGCAUGACAUCCACCUGUAUCUCAUCAUAGAAGAUCGCAACGGCAAGAUGUAUCAUAUGGUAAAACACGACUGGCUUCCCGAUAGGGACGGGGAGGAGCCCAAUGUUUUUACCGUUGCAACUCCCGACUACACACACAUUGCGCUGCUGUGCGAGGCCAACAUUUCAGACCCUGAACGCUUCGACCUGUUUACUGAAUCCAUUAUGGUCUUCAUCUACGAAGUAGCUGAUGGAGUGACGUACGCUCGUCGUGGGGAUUCUGGAAUGCUGUCCUGUGAGAGUGCCCAUGCCGAAGACUCUCUGAUAUCAUACAUAAAGAGGGACCCUAACCUGGAUGCUCAGGAAGAUGUGCCAAAACUUGAACAUGCGAAAGAAUACUUGGUGCACCUUGGUGGACGGAAUAUGUAUACAGCUUCAUAUGGAACGUGGGACAAUAAGGAGAGACUGUGGUGCAUUGACUGA